UAGCAUAAAAGUGUGUGGGUUCACCAAAAGAUGGCAGGAUAGUCGAAUCUACGACUUCCGGCAACAGAGUAAACCAUUUCCUGUAAGAACAGUUGACGUACUUUUUGAACUACGGAUCUGUUGUUCAGACUGAUUUCGACAAUUUUUUUUGUUCAAGGAUAGAUAAAGCAUCAUGUCGUUAGCAGAUGAGCUUCUGGCUGACCUAGAGGAAGGAGGAGAGGAGGUAGAACAAUCAGAUGAGGACAUGGAGGCAGAGGUGGCAGACAUAGAUGAGGCAUCUCUCACUACUGCAAAGUCUGCCAAUACUGUUCGCAAUGUAGCUAAGCUGUUAGAUAGCAAAGAGCUUGCACAAAUUAUGAACAAUAUGAAGCAGUAUUCUUCUCAGCCAAGGCGGGAAGCAGUUGCAGGACCAGUAGAAGCUGAUCCAGAAUACCGUCUCAUUGUGGAUGCAAACAAUAUGACUGUAGAAAUAGACAAUGAAAUCAAUGUAAUUCAUCAAUUUGUGAAAGAUAUAUAUACCAAGAGGUUUCCUGAGCUGGAAUCACUUGUACCAACUCCCGUUGAAUAUAUUUGCACAGUCAAGGAACUAGGAAAUUCUAUUCUGGAAAGGUCAAAGAACAAUGAGGUGCUUCAAAACAUUCUUACUCCAGCCACUAUCAUGGUGGUCAGUGUUACAGCAUCAACUACACAAGGUACAGAGCUCUCGGAUGAAGACUUGCAAACUGUAACAGAGGCCUGUGAUAUGGCAGUGAAGCUUAGUGACUCCAAGAAAGAGAUCUUUGACUAUGUUGAGUCAAGGAUGACCUUCAUUGCCCCAAACCUUUCCAUACUUGUAGGUGCUUCCAUUGCUGCUAAACUGAUGGGAGUGGCUGGUGGCUUGACCAAUUUGUCCAAGAUGCCUGCCUGCAACGUUCUCUUACUAGGUGCACAAAAACGUACACUAUCUGGGUUUUCUACAACGGCCAUAUUGCCUCAUACUGGUUUCAUUUACUACAGUGAAAAUGUGCAGAAGAUGCCCCCUGACUUGCGUCGCAAAGCAGCUCGACUUGUGGCAGCCAAGUGUGCUCUAGCCGCUCGUGUGGACAGUUUCCAUGAAAACCUCACCGGUAAAGCUGGAAUGGAUCUGCGUGCAGAGGUGGAGAGCAAGUUUGACAAGUGGCAAGAACCACCUCCUGUGAAAACAGUCAAACCCUUACCUGCUCCCAUCGAUCAGCCACGCAAAAAGCGAGGUGGCAGAAGAGCAAGAAAAAUGAAGGAACGACUUGGUCUUACUGAAUUAAGAAAGCAGGCUAACAGAAUGAAUUUUGGAGAGAUUGAGGAAGAUGCCUAUCAAGAAGACCUUGGCUUCUCAUUGGGAACCAUGGGUAAAUCUAAUUCAGGAAAAGUGCGUGGACCACCUGUUGACUCCAAAACAAAGGCUCGUAUCUCAAAGACCCUUCAGCAAAAGCUCAGUAAACAGAACCAGACAUGGGGUGGCAGCACGACAGUCAAGAAGCAUGUUGCGGGUACUGCUUCUAGUGUUGCCUUUACACCUCUGCAGGGGCUGGAAAUUGUCAACCCACAAGCAGCAGAGAAGAAAGCUUUCGAGGCCAACCAAAAGUAUUUCUCCUCUACAGCAGGCUUUGUCAAAGUCAAGAAAACAUGAUGAAUAUAAUCUUUGUUUUGUGUUAUUUGUCCCAUCCAUUUGGAGUGUAUUUGAAUGGCUGAUGUUCUCAAAUUAUAAAGUUAUCUGUGUCCAUAUAUCUUUUUAUGUUUAUUAUUUUUUUAUUAUGCUUUCCUCCCUAUCUGUCUUCUCCACCUUCCUCCCACUCAUCUAUUUCCUUUUUUAAAAAAACUGAUUGAGUAUUCUGCAUAACAUCUGAACAUGAUUGUGACUAAAUUCAUUUUAUGUUCAGAUUGGUUAUUUUUAUUUGCUUAGACCAUAAGCUAGUCAUUUAUAUUGUUCAGAAAUUAUGUAUACAUAGCUGGUAUUAAAAUUAGGUUUCCAUGGGUAGAUAAAGACCUUGAACUUUCAUUAACGGGGAAGUAAUGCUUGGACUUGCAAAUAAUAAUUGCUUGCCUUGACAUUGAUACACUUUCUUAAUCAUCAGCCUGCCAUCACUGGUGUUUCUUGUAGAAUCGCCAUCAAAUAGUCUUAGUGUUGGCACAGCAUAAAACGCAAACAGCCAACAUUCUUGCAGAAAAUUACUCUCGUCUAUAUUAAAGCAGGCCAGGUGAUGCUUAAAAUAUCUAGAAGGUUGAUUUUUGGUUUCUCCUUUAAAUAAAUUAAUAACUGAAUUUCCCAAUGUACCACAACCAAGAGAUAUGCAUACCAAACCAUGUAAGUAAUGGUAGUAAAUUCUGAAAUGCUUUGCUGUUAAAACUUGUGCAUUUCAUUCUCAGAUCAGCAUCUUCACAUAAGACAGGAUCGGGUUUCUUAGAGCAAUUUGCUGUUCAGAGAUUAAAGGUCUUUAGCUAAUUAUCGGUAAAUUGUAUUUUUUAAUUACUUACACUGGAAUGGCUCAGAAUCAUGCUCACUAAAUCAAACUUUUAAAAUACUUCUAAUAUCCCUCCCCUUUCCCUGGCCCUGUAGAUGUUGCGAUUUGAAAGAAGUGCUCUUUGUUUUCUAUGUUCCUAUCAGCAUUGAAUUGUGUCCCAUUGUUUUACAGAAGGAGCUGAAAAGUUGGAAAAAAUAUUUUGAAAAAUUUGUGUUGCACAAAGCAAAUUUAUGUGGCACAAACGGUAAAUGUGCGUGCAUGUACAGAUAACCAUGUUUCGCAGCCUGUCAAUUUUUUUUAAACGUUGAUUAAUAGAAGAGGGAUUGGCUGUUAUAAUAAAUCACGCCUGUGGUGAAUAAAUAAUUUUAAAAGUU